AUGGGGCAGGUGCGCCCCCACGACAGACAACACGUGCGGGCGCCGACACAGGUCGGGCGGGCGGGCGUCACCGCUGCACUACGCUGGAUCCGCCAGGCCAUUGCGAGCGAACUGCCGUCGGGCUGCCUGCCGCCUCGGACGUUGCCGCAGCAAGUGCAAACGUGCGGGUGCGCGAGCACCGCUGCCGGCCACCUCGACGCCGAUGGGAAUGAAAAGCAUGGUGCCAGUGACCGCUGUUGGGGCGUGCCAGGUGCUGGAGUUGUUCAACGCCGCUACCACGACAUGUCGACGAGUCAUGGCCUCGGGCCAGUCGCAGCCGCUGCCGCAGGCGUGAGCAUUCGUCCUCAGAAGAUUUUCUUGCCUGAGAUGGAGAACCUUAAGUUCUUCUAUACUACUUCGCUACGAAGAACAGCAUCUUGCCAUCUAUCGUCUGUGUACUGCUGUACUCGUUCUUCUGUGGCCGAACUCAGUGCAAACGUCGCCGGUAAGGCAGUUGUGCCUCUUGUUCUCGGCGCUCUCAGGGAGAGCAGAGUGCGUGAUAACGUGUUAGAAGUGAAUGUAAAAUGA